AUGUCUGAAGCUGAAAUUAGAUUACCUGCAGAGACAGUUAAUAAGGCAAAAUCUUUUAUUAGACGGACGGGAGAACAACAUGGUGAGGCAGUAGCAGUUCGAAAAUAUGCACGAAAAAAGGCUGAUGGACAGGUGACAGUAAGCUACGAAAAGCAUGACAUGAUUCUUCUUCCCUCUCAUUACUCUUACGACCGUCUUCUUGCUGCCUACAAUUUGAUGAAUCCUGAAACAUUAAUUAAAAGUCGGUGGACUUUUCGACAAUUAUGGAGAGCAGAUUCUGAACUUACCAAAAUUGUAAUUAGGAAACCAUCCAAGGACAAGUGUGACGAGUGUACAGUAUUCAAACGGGCAUUGAAAGAAAAUGUUAGUGAUAUAAAUGAAGAUCUUGACGCACAAUUAAUGGCACACAUAACUGAUUAUCGAGAAAUGAGAGAUGCUUAUGAAAAUGACAUACAUGUGGCGAAAACGUGUGACAGAUCUUCAUUUCGCAUUUUUUCUUUCGAUUUUGCCCAAAACUUAGAAUUGCCUCAUGAUCCUCAACAACCUGGAAAAUGGUACUAUUUAUCAUUGUUAAAAGCACACCAGUUCGGGUUAGUAGAUGAAGGCAUCGACAGUCACUGGCACGUUAUCUACACGGAAGGCAAAGCACUAAAAGGUGCAAAUGAAGUCGCCUCAAUUAUCCAUCUAUUUCUUACCUCUACAGCAGGUGAUGCAAAAAAAAUUCGAUUAUGGGCGGAUAAUUGUGGUGGCCAGAAUAAAAAUACUUGUCUUCUUUGGUAUUUCCUUUGGGCAUGUCAUACUCAGAUAUUUCAAGAAAUUGAAUAUCGUUUUCAAAUCAAGGGUCAUACUAGAAAUUCAGUUGAUCGCGGAUUUGGUCUUACGAAGCGAGAGUAUACUAGGUCAGAAGUUUGGUGUAUUGAUCAAUUAUUAGAUGUAAUUGAUAGAAGCGCAAACAACAAUAUACCCAUAAAUUUAGAAGACCAAAUAGGACCAUUCCGUGAUUGGACUUCGGCACUUAGCACAUUAUACCGUAGGCCUCCCGCUAUACAAAAAUAUCACAUCUUUCAAUUUAGUCAUGAAAGACCCGGUAUAAUGAGAGCUAAAGUAAGAAUCGAUGACCCUUGGGAUGAAUUUCAGUUAUUGAAACGAAAUGUCAAUGUUAUAGCUUUGAAUCCUCAGGAGCUUCAACCAAAGGGUCUUCCAGAAGAAAAGCAAGUAGAACUCUGGGAAAAAAUUCGUCCAUACUGCCCAGUUGCCUUCCGUGAUGAGCUUUGUCCUAAACCACAAAACGAUCUAUUUGAGAGG